GUUACUCUCAGUGUGGUCAAAACCUCACACCCAGAGAUGGGUGGGGGGAGCAGCAGGGGCUGUUUUGCACCCAUCCCUUCUUUGAAAAAUAUCCUGUCUUUAAAUCUUUGGCUGCUUUUAGGCCACAAGAGAGAAAAACCAUUUGGGUUUCUAAGCUGGCUGGGCAGUGGGGAGCCAGCUUCCAGUUGUAAUCAAGGCCCCAAAUGAGCAGUCAGAGUGAAAGUGAAAUGAAGGCUGUUGUUUCCUCCUUCCUUGUCUCAUGUGACUGCCCGGAGCCUUUAUCAGAGUACAGCACCGGGCACUGGGGAGAGCAUCACACGGCUGGGAGACGGCACUGGGGCAUCUGGCUAUGACUUCUGCUGCUGAAGACUCUGCCGUCCCCUGCUAGGACCAGCCCCAGUGCGUCCCCUCAGCAGGAUGAUGCUGCUGCCUUGCCUCCUCCUGGCCUCCAUUGUGGUGGCUCAGGGGCAGCCGGACCCAACACUGGAUGUGCACUGGGAGCUGUGGAAGAAGGCGUAUGACAAGCAGUACCGGCAUCAGGAGGAGGAAGAGGCCCGGCGCGCAACCUGGGAGCAGAACCUGCGGCUUGUGACACUGCACAAUUUGGAGCACUCGCUGGGAAUGCACUCCUAUGAGCUGGGCAUGAACCACCUGGGGGACAUGACCAGCGAGGAGGUGGCUGCUUUGUUGACGGGAGCCAGAGUUCCUCCCCAGCCACACCGGAACGCCACCUACCGCCCGGCACCGGGCAGCCACCUGCCAGAUGCCGUGGACUGGCGGGACAAAGGCUGUGUCACAGAUGUGAAGAACCAGGGGCGAUGCGGCUCCUGCUGGGCCUUCAGUGCCGUUGGGGCCCUGGAAGCUCAACUGAAGCUGAAGACUGGGAAGCUGGUGUCUUUGAGCACUCAGAACCUGGUCGACUGCACCACCACGUACGGGAAUUAUGGCUGCGCUGGUGGGUAUAUGACAAACGCCUUCCGGUAUAUCAUUGACAACAACGGCAUCGAUUCGGACAGCGCCUACCCCUACACUGCCCAGAAUGGGACGUGCCACUACGACACAGCCACGCGUGCCGCCACCUGUUCCAGGUACUUUGAUCUCCCACAUGGCGAUGAAGCAGCCCUGAAGGAUGCCGUUGCCAACAUUGGCCCCGUCUCAGUCAUCAUAGAUGCGAGACUGCCUUCAUUCUACUUUUACAAAUCAGGUGUCUAUUAUGAUCCAAAGUGCACCCAGAAUGUGAAUCAUGCCGUCCUUGUGGUCGGCUAUGGCACACUCAAUGGACACGACUACUGGCUUGUGAAGAACAGCUGGGGUGUCAACUUUGGUGACAAAGGCUACAUUCGCAUGUUGAGGAACCAUGGAAACCACUGUGGCAUUGCCAGCUAUGGCACCUAUCCCAAAAUAUAGAAAUGCUGUCUUCUUCAAGAUAGACUCUUCAAAUGCAGCUUGUUUAAAUUAUGUACCUUUGGCUUGAAGCUUUAAUCUGUUUCCUGUCAUGAAAAGCACUGUCCCUGACUUGAAGAACAAGACCCUCCUGUUACCUCUGCCUGCUGGAUCUGGACUGCACAGGAGAGAUGAAAAAUAAGUAGGGCUGGGCUGGGCUGGGUUUGUCAAUAUUUAGGGUGCUAUAUCUUGCUCUCCACUACAACUCCAGGGGUUUGGAGGUAGAAUUUGUCAGUGUUUGUACUUGGCUUUGAGCCUAGGAUGGGCUCAGGACAGAGGCUAUUCCAGCCCUUUCGUGGAAGAGGCAGGAGCCACCUCUGACAUGGCUGUGCCAGGGAGGGGCUCUGUGCAUCUCCAGCCACUGCUGAUGUUCUGCAAUAAAGCUUCCAGUGCACACACUGGGUCCUGCAUCCCA